AGGCAGCGCCCGCGCGACGUAGCGCCAUCGCGACGUCGAGGGGCUGGCUGGCGCCCAACCUCUCUGACUGCGCAAGACAGCGGACAGGGCGCGCGGCGGAUCAACGACAGCAGAGCAAGUCGAAGCGAAGAAAAAGAUUCCGAUUACGAAGCGUUGCGUGGGCCUCCAGGGACAACAGACAUGAAGCUACCCAGCCCAGCAAAUGAGCUGCCAUGGUCCUCGACUCAUUCCCUCGACCGAUUUACACCAACCGCCACAAUGACGGCGACGCCGCUACCAGGUCACAACAACACAGGGCAUGGCGGUGGACAUGAGCUCCAGAAUUGGUCCUCGCUCAUCGGCAUAGUCACAGCUAUCGUGGGGAACGUCCUGAUCGCCCUCGCACUCAAUGUACAGCGUUACGCACAUACGCGGCUGCACAAGCAAAGAAUUUCAAUACGCAAGCGAGCCCGAGCAGCUACGAAGCGAGCGCAUUCAGGGCAGUCAUCGACCUAUGGCGCCCUCGGCUAUGGCACGAACGGGAACACCGGCGGCGGCGGCGGAAAUGGGGCUACAAUAUCUGACGACGACGAACCACCGCACGAUAGUCACGAGACGGAACCGCUCACGCAGUCGUAUAAUUCGGGGACCACGACCGUAGAAGAAGGGAACGACGACGAGGAUGAGGCAGAGGCCGAACGACAGGCCAAGGCUGCGUCGUCUUACCUGAAGUCGCCCUACUGGUGGCUGGGGCAGGUCCUGAUUACACUCGGAGAAAUGGGCAACUUUCUGGCAUAUGGCUUCGCACCUGCCUCGAUCGUUUCGCCUCUCGGUGUCGUCGCUCUCAUAUCAAACUGUCUCAUUGCGCCUCUCAUGUUCCAGGAGCGGUUCCGGCAGAGGGACUUCUGGGGUGUGGUCGUGGCGGUUGGGGGAGUUGUGACCGUGGUGCUCAGCGCGAAGACAGAGGAGACCAAGCUGAAUCCUCAUGAUGUUUGGGGCGCCAUUACCACUCUGGCCUUCGAAAUCUACCUGGGAGUAACGGUAUUUCUAAUCAUUGUCUUGAUGUGGGCAAGCCCUCGCUAUGGACGUCGAACCAUCCUUAUCGAUCUAGGACUGGUUGGCCUUUUCGGGGGCUAUACGGCGCUAUCUACGAAAGGUGUUUCGUCCAUGCUAUCGUCGACGUUGUGGCGGGCAUUCACGACGCCUGUCACGUAUGUCCUGGUUUUUAUCCUGCUCGGGACAGCCAUCAUGCAGAUUCGCUACGUCAACAAGGCCCUGCAACGCUUCGAGUCGACGCAGGUGAUUCCGAUCCAGUUCGUCAUGUUUACCCUUUGUGUCAUCCUCGGAAGCGCCAUUCUCUAUCGCGACUUUGAGAAGACCAACGCAGAGCAGGCGGGCAAGUUUGUCGGUGGCUGUCUCCUCACCUUCUUUGGCGUGUUUCUCAUUACGAGUGGGCGACAACAACGUGAGGGUGACGACGAGGAUGAUGCACUGUCAGACACCACCGGCGUGGAAGAGACUAUAGGCCUUGACCGCCAUGACAGCCACCAGCCGUACGAAGACACGCCCCGCAGACCGUCGGUAGCACAGAGUCGUCGUUCUAGCAAACACUCGCGUAUUGUAUUUGCAGAGGGCAACAGAUCGCAAGCACCCGACAUUGAUUACGAUGCUGCCUCCGUUUUCCACCCUACUCCAGGCAGCAUACCAGAGACGCCUGGAGUGGACAACAGCUCACUGGAGCACAACCCUUGGGAUGGCCCUUCACCCUUAAAGCCGCCCGGUAGAGGCAUUAGGACCCUCUCUGCCGACACACUGAUGAGGGGCUCGGCGGUCAUGUAUACUCCUACGACGCCGAUGCGCGAUGGGCUAGCACCACCAGGCUGCCUGGAACGGCCCACGACGCCUCAGGGCCGAGCACAUACUCUUGGGCCAACUCAGCACCGUCGGUCUGGGACAUUCAUAUCACCAUCCCCGUUGUCAUCGACAGUCACGACGGUGAUGAAGGAUGGUUUUUUGCGUGGCGACAAGAGAGCCCUGGCGACGCAGUCGUCAAUGCGACAUCUGCGCUCACGAAUACGCGCGAGCCUCUUUUUCAACGAAGAUGGACCUGUCUCCGAGGACAAUCUCGCACGUGCUUUCCACGAUCAAGAGGAGCCGUUUCGCGACACGGUCGACGACGAAGAGCAUGCGGCGCGCAUGAGAUCACGCAGCCUAAGCGAUGCGCUGGGAGACAUGUUCAGGCCGAGGCGCAAGAGCCGGAAAGAGGAUAUGGACGUCGAUCACGACGAUGGAUCAACUCGCCCAGGCCCGUCGAGCUGAUCGGAAGAGGACAAGCUCACGAAUAGUAAUACAAAGCGGAUCAACGCCCUGUCUCGAGCGAUUAUACGUAUGGAGUUGCGGAGGUCUCGGUGGCUUUUUGUUUUCGGGAUGUGACGCACGGAGUUUGUUCCCUGUCUUUCCAUCGCCGAACUCAUGAGCAGAUAGCAUGGCACGUCGUCCUCGUGGCACUUGGAAGGAUGAGGUGCGCAGAGCCUGUCGAUGUUUUCUUUCCCUCUAGACUCGAGCAGUCCACAGCUUCUGGACUGCCGACUGCUCCCCAACCGUCGGAUUGUGGAGCGGCCACUGGUGUUAUUUUGCGAAACUUGGAU